GCCAAGAUUGGUGUAGCCGCCCAGAACUGUUACAAAGUCGCAAAAGGAGCGUUCACCGGGGAGAUCAGGUAUGAUCUGUUAAGGAGACACGUGUUCGGGGAGUCAGAUGAGCUGAUUGGCCAGAAGCUGGACCAGCGGGAAGCAGGAAUCACAGACAAAAUUGUGGCUGAGCAGACAAAGUUUAUUGCAGACAACGUAAAGGACUGGAGCAAGGUUGUUCUGGCUUAUGAACCCGUCUGGGCUAUCGGUACAGGCAAGACAGCCACUCCCCAGCAGGCUCAGGAGGUGCACGCCAAGCUCCGGAUCAUCUAUGGAGGUUCCGUCACAGGAGGCACCUGCAAGGAACUGGCCUCCCAACCCGACAUUGAUGGCUUCCUCGUGGGUGGAGCUUCCCUGAAACCAGAAUUCAUUGAAAUCAUCAACGCCAAGUGUUAA